CACAACAGCAACCAUGAGAUACCAGGUGGCCUUCCUUCUUGUUCUCCUGGCUGGGAUGACCUCGUCCGCCUGCCACGGCGGCCACUGUGGCGGAGGAUCCUCAGUGGUACAUGGCGGAGGUUCUUCAGUAGGUCAUGGCGUAGGAUCUUCAGGAGGAUUUAGCGGAGGAUCCUCCAUAGUCCAUGGUGGAGGAUCCUCAGGAGGAUAUAGCGGAGGAUCCUCAGGAGGAUUUAGUGGAGGAUCUUCAGGAGGAUUUAGCGGAGGAUCCUCCAUAGUCCAUGGCGGAGGAACCUCAGGAGGAUAUAGCGGAGGAUCCUCAGGAGGAUUUAGUGGAGGAUCCUCCAUAGUCCAUGGCGGAGGAUCCUCAGGAGGAUAUGGCGGAGGAUCUUCAGGAGGAUUUAGUGGAGGAUCUUCAGGAGGAUUUAGCGGAGGAUCCUCCAUAGUCCAUGGCGGAGGAACCUCAGGAGGAUAUAGCGGAGGAUCCUCAGGAGGAUUUAGUGGAGGAUCCUCCAUAGUCCAUGGCGGAGGAUCCUCAGGAGGAUAUGGCGGAGGAUCUUCAGGAGGAUUUAGUGGAGGAUCUUCAGGAGGAUUUAGCGGAGGAUCCUCCAUAGUCCAUGGCGGAGGAUCCUCAGGAGGAUAUGGCGGAGGAUCUUCAGGAGGAUUUAGUGGAGGAUCUUCAGGAGGAUUUAGCGGAGGAUCCUCCAUAGUCCAUGGCGGAGGAUCCUCAGGAGGAUAUGGCGGGGGAGCUUCAGGAGGAUUUAGUGGAGGAUCGUCCAUUGUCCUUGGCGGAGGAUCCUCAGGAGGAUAUAGCGGAGGAUCUUCAGGAGGAUUUAGCGGAGGAUCCUCCAUAGUCCAUGGCGGAGGAUCCUCAGGAGGAUAUGGCGGGGGAUCUUCAGGAGGAUUUAGUGGAGGAUCUUCAGGAGGAUUUAGCAGAGGAUCCUCCAUAGUCCAUGGCGGAGGAUCCUCAGGAGGAUAUGGCGGGGGAUCUUCAAGAGGAUUUAGUGGAGGAUCUUCAGGAGGAUUUAGCAGAGGAUCUUCAGGAGGAUUUGGGGGAGGAUCAUUUGGUAACUCAGUCUACGGCGAAGGAUCAGGAUUCAACGGAGGAUCACUGGGAGGCUUCUCAGGAGACUUCAACUCGGGAGUAACUGGAGGCUUCGUCGGGGACUUGGGUGAUGGAUACGGGUCUUCAGGCAACACCUUGGGUGGCCACGAUGCUUUCUUCGGCGAUGGCUAUUCUGGGGGUGGCUUUGACGGCCAGUCAGGAGGCUUCACAUCUGGCAGUGGCUUCACAUCAGAUGGAGGCUCUAGCAGUUACUCCAGUGGAUCAACUGGUGGCAGCUUCACAGGAACCAUCAGCCAAGGCUACUUACCUCCUCACAGAAAGUAAACAGUGACCCUUCAGGCUGUUAUCACACCUCAUAACCGACAAGGAAAGCAUAGAGAUUCUUCUACAUGAAAAAAAUAUUCAAUAAAAUAUUCCAUCAUUUUAAA